GACCCCUCCUCCGCCACCUCUACCUGCUCAUGGCUCCUCGCCAGAGAAGAGGGGACCUCUGAGGGAAGAGGACCCCGACUACAAACCACCUGUUCCGCCCCAUCGGAACAUCCCGUUGAUGAGCGACGACGAGCCUGCGCCGGUCCAGCCGCGCCGACACCACCACCACCAUCACAACCAACACAACCAACACAGUCGCAAUAAUGACAGCCAGGGCAAUAACAACAGCCAGAAUGGCCAAUCGAGGCAUGAAGAUGAAGAGGAUGACCUCCCAGAUCCCACGUUUGUUGAGUUUCCGGAUCAGUCUCCAGGCCCUGCACAACUCCAGGGAAGCAUUGCAGAGGUGAAAAGGGCAAACAUAGUUGGGAAUCCUAUGUUUUCAUCAACUGAAGAAGAGGAUGAUGAUGAAUCCGAAGACGAUCAGGGAGAGGUGCAAAGGGUACGAGAGGAGCUGUUGGGUCUUGAUGACCUUAAUAUGGACUAUGACCAAAUAAUGGAGUACUUUGACAACUUGAAGGAGUCUAACGCAUAAAUCUAUGAGAAUAUUUAUCUUCAGUUUGGAUUAUAGCAUUGUAAGAAACCUCAGUCUAUUCUAGUCAUGUGUACAAUUCCAAUGAGGUAACUUACUAAUGUUUUACUCAUGGUUGAGUUAAGGAGCCAAUACAAAAGUUAUGGUAUGCUUUUCACCAUGAGUCUAUGUGAGCAGAUGCUAUUGUUAGUCAAAGCACAAAAGUUUUUAAUAAGUUGUUUGGACUUUGCUUUGUAAUUAAAUAAUACUGUAUAAGCUUUAUGUGGUUUUAUUCUUGUAUUGUGCAUUUGUGUAGGCUGUAUUUAAUCACCUAUAUAAAAACAAAGCACUGACAAACAGCAUGAUCUGUAAUGGAGAUUCUUAGAGCAUGCCUGCAAUACAGUACUUUCUUAUUAGAAUCAUCAUAUUUUACAUGAAAGAUGAUAUCAACUUCUUAAUUAUUUAUAGAUUGUAUUUUGAAUCAAAUGGUUGCACACAUCUUACAUCUUAAUGCUACCAUGCUGAAUCUGAUUCAGGAGUGAUUGAGAAAAGUGUGAAAAUGCAUACCGCCUACCUUAUAUGUGAUCUUCAUAGAAUUGCAAAACGAAAAGUCAGGUUUUUGCAUCUGUUGCUGCCUCAGUACUAUAACACAACUUCCUUUGUUCUUUUAUUAGACUUUGAGUGCUUCCUGCAAACUUUUUUCUUUUUUUCUUUUUUUUUAUAAAAAAGGUUUGCGUCUCACAAAAGCAGAAUGCUUUCUGUUAAGUUACCAUAUCGUACAGUAUUCACCCUCUCUUGUAUGUUGCCGUUUUCAUUCCUGAAAUAUUUAUAUUUAUAGUUUUAUGAUACCGUAAAAUGUUAUCAUAAUAUUUUAUUACAUUUAUUAUUUUAUGACAUUUUUAUUGCUUUUCAUUUUUAUGAUUUGAUGUCUUUAUAUAGGUUUAAAUUGUUUAAUUAAGGCUUGCCUUGUUUGUUAGAUUUGUUUUGUACCUUUUGUUUCAGAAUGAAGAACAGACAGAUAUCACAUUUUCAAGGUUUAGGAAAAAUUGUGCAAGAAACCUUUCAGAUGUCUAUUUCCCCUGCUGAAGAACUCCAUCCAUAUCAGCUAUAACGGAUUUUAACAUUGCUAUUGAAGUGUAAACUGCUUUACUUUGUUAUGGUGCUGUCAGUAGUAAAAACAGAAAUUUGAACUGCUUGAAAAUUAGAUUUAGUAUUGUUCAUAAUAGCAAGUAUUCUCACAAAGUCUUGCUCUUAUCAGUAAGAAUGCUGUCAUUUUAAUUCUAGUCCCAUGAUCAUGGAAUACACACCACAUGUGUGCAGCUGGCUUUAAUGUAAGUGUACAUGUUAAUAUGUGCUGUUGUAUAUAUUUACAGGGUUAUAUACCGAAUGAGAUAUUGUCUACAGGGGAGAUUUCUCAUCUUCUCUGUUCAAAGAAAAUGUUUUGAAUUGUUCCUGAUAGUUUGAUACUACCUUGCUGGAUGUAUUUCAUCUUCAGAUGCUAUUGUUAUAUAAUUGAUUUGUGUACGUAAAAUUUUGUAGGCAAAAAACACCCUCCUGCUAAAUAGAAAAGAGCCUUCUUUACUACCUACUUUUAGUAAAUACCAGUAAAUGUUAGGGGAAAAUAUCUUGUGAAUGAAUGCACAGUCUUGAUGAGGCAUCAGAACUGUACUUUGUGUUAAAUGUACUGUAAAUUGAAAAGGAACUGUUAAGUCAGUCAGUUGUUGUUACUGUUUUUGUCUGCUUUUUUCUUAACCAUUUUAAGAAAAGCAAGAUUUAUGUUCUAGUCAUAAACUGUGCUUGAGAUAAAUGACCAACAAUGAUUUGAAGUGGUUUCCAAGCCACAGAUUGAAUGCUGGUUGAGUAUGCAUCCUAUUCCUCGGUGCCUUGUGAUAUUUAUUUCAGAGGUAAAUCAAACCAGCUUCCUUAUGAUGAUGGGGGUGCAUAAGCAGAGAGUGCAAGAUACAAUAGACGGUCCUUUCUUCUCCUUAAUUACUGCUCUCCAAAAAGAAUAGCCAUCAGAGAAAGGCUCAAAAUAUGAUAUAAAUUCAAUGCUAUUAUUUCCUUGAAACAAUGGUUUAACUAAAAAUUUUGUAGAAAAAACAUCUGAAGGGUGUAAACAGAAAUAUUGUUUGGGAUGUUAUGUAACCAACCUUUGUAUAACUGCGUUUUCAAUUUAAAAUUAUGUAUUUCUAAGAAGUUAGACUCAACAUAUCACACAUAGUAUUUCUUUUUUAAAAAGUUUCACUGGGCAAUUUUGUUAUGAAUUGAAAAAUCAUGAUUUAUGUUUAUAUUUAAUCAAGCAAAUCUCUGAAAACAUAGAUAUUUCUAGUUAUUUAUUUCUACUGUUCUACUAAAAUCAUAUGCAGCUUAUCCGUACUUAUUAUGGACAGUGAAGAGACUGAUACUAAAAUACUCCUGCAAAGAUAGCAAAUUUUAUGUUUAUUUCUUUCAACUAUGUUGUAUCACAUCAGAAAUACUCAGAAAGUAAUAUUUCAUUUUCAAGGAUGUUCUAAACUGAACCAAGAGUUUUAAGAUGAUGUUAUUCUGUUAAAAUGUAAACAAAACUAAGAGGUGUAAGUACAUCUCUUUGCAUGAUAUACCUUUUUGGUAACUUUUGCAUUACCAUAUGCAUUUUGAACCCAGCACCUUAUCCCUGGUAUACUCAGAGCUUAAGCAGUAAAAGUUUGUAAACCACUGUUAUAGGAAGCUAGCUACAGUAAAUGCAGCAUCGUACAUUGUAAAUGAGAUGAAGAACGUCAACCAUAAAAAGUUCAUGCUGCAGUUAAUUUUUUGACAAAUUGAUAUAAGAAUUACAGGAUAGUGCUGUAUUCGACCUCAAAAAAAAAUAUCUGAAGAAAGAUGCAUGUUCAUCAGUGUAUAAAUGAAAAGUGGUUACAUUGACAUCAAUAAAUCUAUACAAAAAAAUAA